CCCACAUUCCAUUACACUUUAAAAGGGAUCUGGUUAUAAUAGUGAUGAGUACAUCCACUUUUUAAAAACUAGGUCAGGAAAGAGGAAUAUAGUUAUCGAGAAGACACAACAUCUUCCUCAUACUUUCUCAAACACUCGCCAGAUACAUUAUCACCUGUGCACAGGUAAACACCGUGUGUAGUUUUAAGGAUAAUCAGGCGCCGCACUUUUUCUGGAUAUUCUGCACGUUUACAGUAUUUCAGUGCAGUGGAAUGAGUGUUAUCACUGGAUGGAGACGCAGCGUGAAGAAAAAUGGCAGCAAAGGGGACACCCUGCAGGUGAAAGAAAUCUCAGCCGACCCCAAUGGCUGCCCAACACUGUUGUCCGUCAUAAACAGUCCAGAACUUGACCCCAAAGUCACAGAUUUCAAGUCCCAGAAGUCGGACCUGUCUUUGGCCCUGGAGGACUGCAUGGCAGCAAUGGACCUGUUCCUGAGGAAUGACUUUGAUGAGGCCCUGUCCAGGCUUCGCUGCAGAACCAAAGACAGCAUGUACCAUGCACUCACAUACGCCACCAUACUGGAGAUGCAGGCCAUGAUGACCUUUGACCCGGAGAACAUCCUGGCAGCUGGUAACACCAUGAAGGAGGCUCAGGCAGUGUGUCAGCGGUUCCGCAAGAAGACAACCUUUAGCAAUAGAAACUCCACAGAAGAGGAACUCCACGCUGAAGUCUGCUAUGCAGAAUGUCUCCUGCAGAGGGCAGCACUCACCUUCCUUCAGGAUGAAAACAUGGUCAGUUUCAUCAAGGGAGGAAUUAAAGUGAGGAAUAGCUACCAGACUUAUAAAGAACUUCAUACGGUCCUGCAGUCCUCAAGCUACGUCCAAGGUGACAAUCAUGGGCAUUUUGAAGGCGGGGUCAAGCUUGGAGUGGGAUCCUUCAACCUGAUGAUCUCCAUGCUGCCCACUCGGACCCUUAGGUUGCUGGAAUUUGUGGGUUUCUCUGGAAACAAGGAGUUUGGCUUGCAGCAGCUGACGGAAGGCGCAGCAGGGCAGACGUUCAGGUCCUUCCUGUGUAAUAUGCUGCUGCUCUGCUACCACACCUUCAUGAGCUUCAUCCUGGGCACUGGGGAAGCGGAUGUGGAGGAUGCAGAGAAACUCCUUCAGCCAUAUCUCAAACGGUAUCCUAAGGGAUCCAUCUUCUUGUUCUUCGCUGGUCGAAUUGAGGUCAUCAAAGGAAACCUGGAUGCUGCUAUAGUGCGAUUUGAGGAGUGCUGUGAAGCUCAGCAGCAGUGGAGUCAGUUCCAUCACAUGUGCUACUGGGAACUGAUGUGGUGUUUCACAUACAAGAGACAUUGGAAGAUGGCCUACUUCUAUGCUGAUCUGCUCAGCAAAGAGAAUGCAUGGUCCAAGGCAACAUAUGCGUAUAUGAAAGGUGCCUACCUCAGCAUGCUGACCAGGGAGGAAUGCCAACCAUUCAGGGAGAGCGAGGUAGCGCUAUUCAGGCAGGUACAUGGGCUUAAGCAGAAAAUUGCUGGAAAGUCUUUGCCAACUGAGAAGUUUGCCAUCCGAAAAGCCCGUCGCUACCUGACUGAGAACCCAGUUACAUUACCUGCACCUCCUCUGGAGAUGAUGUAUAUCUGGAACGGCUACACAGUCAUCGGGAAACACAAAGACCUGACAGAGGGCAUGCUGAAAACACUGGACGAGGCACAGGCGAAACUCGAAAGUAGCCCAAGGACCGAGUUCUCCAUAGACGACCAGUGUCUGCUGAGCCUACUUAGAGGUCUCUGUCUGAAGCACCUGGGACACCAGGAGGAGGCUGAGCACUACUUCACCCUUGUCCUCUGCAAUGAAACACAGAUCAAGUUUGAUCACUACUUGGUUCCCAAUGCACUGCUGGAGCACGGGCUGCUAUGUCUGGAACAAGGGAGGAAGGAGGAGGGAAUCAAACUACUGGAGACAGCCAAGCAAAGUUACAAAAACUACUCCAUGGAAUCGCGGACACAUUUCAGAAUCCAGGCUGCUUUGCACAAGGCCAAGGCCACAGGCGAGAAUGGAAUUCACACCAUGCCCUCCAGCCCGUAGCUGGAGGGCAUGGCAGGCCCAAAGUCCAGCCAUCCCAAAGUGCACAGCCCAAUGCAGCAGGGAUGAGGCAGAGUACCAAACCACCCACUACCAGCAACAAGUGCUUGACUUGCCAGCCAUCAAGCUUUCAAAAAGACACACAACACUACACUAUUACACUAAACAGUCAAAAGUAUACGGACACUAGUAUUUACUCAGACAAAGAAAAUCUACGCAAUAUAUAGAAAAUACCUCACUAAUAGAUGGAAAUUUACAGGGUCUCAUCCGUCAUUGCAAAAACCUAUUCGUUACCAAUGCCUGAAUAUUCUCCCUCUAGUAUAAAUACAUACAUUCACUGACAAACAUGUAGUUUCACACCUGUCACAAGGGUUUUUGCAACAUACAGUAUUUGAGUGGUUAACGGUAUUCUCCUUCCUGGCUUUUACCCUCUGCUCGGAGCUAAUGACUAAAAUCACUGUGUGCAAUCUUGGACAAGGUCUGUCUUGGGUUGACAAUGUUCUAUGGCAGAUAACCUCCUUCCCUAAUGCUUUUAUCUCUGUGAUUAUUCUACUGGAUUUAUUCUUAUUUCUUCAUUUUCACCCUCCUUUCCCCACUCUGAACAGCUCAAUGGAAGUUUCGGCACAUUGGGUCAACUGAAACACUUUCUGUGAAGGCAUGCAUGACCAGUCCAACUGAAUUUUUGUGAAAAUAGUGCCCACUGACUGCACAAAGUUAAGUCAUCCAACCGUGCAAACUCACAUUGCAGGAAUACACGUGUGAUGGUUAAGGGGUUAUUUUGUCUGUAUUUAUUUAUUAACUGUAAUGGCGCCUUUUACUAAAUUGUCUCGUUUUAAGUGGACAGAUGAAUGUGUCUUUUAGAAAGGCAGACUCCAUCCUUGUUAUCUUAAUGUGGACACAAUCCAGCAGUACUUGAGCUCAAACAAACAGUUCCAUCUGUAGUAAGUGAAGCGUUGACAACCACUAGAGCCUUCCAUAUAUAUAAAUAUACACCUCCAACAUCAACCUAUACAAGAAUGACUUAUAGGAAACUAUUAUAUAUUAAAUAGUUCCUUUCCUGUGUAAUAAAUGAGCUAAUAGACUGUGUACGACCAAUGUUAUUUGUAAUUAGAUUUUUUCUCUCCUUUUUCAUGUUCUAUGAUUUUUGAAACUUUAUGUACAACAAGAUGAGUAU